AUGCGUCUGGUGAUCACGGAGGACGGAGCGGGAGCCGCUCAGUGGGUGGCGGCCCUUGUCAAGCGACGUAUUACCGAGUUCGCGCCCACCGCCGAGCGGCCGUUCGUCCUGGGCCUCCCCACCGGCAGCUCUCCCAUCGCCACCUACAAGAUCCUGGUUGAGUAUGUGAAGAAGGGCGAGCUGUCGUUCAAGCACGUGGUGACCUUCAACAUGGACGAGUACGUCGGUCUGUCGCGCGACCACCCCGAGUCCUACUGGGCGUUCAUGCACCGUCACCUGUUCGACCACAUCGACGUCCCCAAGCAGAACAUCAACAUCCUCAACGGCAACGCCCCUGAUCUCGAGGCGGAAUGCAAGGCCUACGAAGAGAAGAUCGCCAGCUAUGGUGGAAUCCACCUCUUCCUCGCCGGCAUCGGCACUGAUGGCCACAUCGCGUUCAACGAGCCCGGAUCGUCCCUCGCCUCGCGCACCCGCUCUGUGACGCUGGCCUAUGAGACUAUCGUGUCCAACUCGCGCUUCUUCGGCGGUGACGUCACGCAAGUGCCCAAGCGCGCUGUGACCGUUGGCGUGGGCACCGUCAUGGAUGCCAAGGAGGUGGUUAUCAUCAUCACCGGUGUUUCCAAGGCCAUUGCUCUUCAGCAGGUCGUUGAGGGCGCCAUGAGCCACCAGUGGACGGCCUCCGCCGUCCAGAUGCACCCCAAUGGCAUCAUCGUCGCCGACGAAGACGCCACCAACGAACUCAAGGUCAAGACUGUCAAGUACUGGAAGGGCGUGGAGCAGACCGAGAGCCUCUGA